AUGUACGGCUGCACACCCGGAGGUCCUGGGUUCGAGUCCCGGGUCGGGCCAAGUUUAGUUAUUGAGUCUUCCUGUAUAGUAAGUCUCAGUAACAGCCCGGAGUUGGGAAGUUGGGCGGUGUUUCAACCCCCGUGCCUCGGAGAGCACGUAAAGCCGUCGGUCCUGCGCCUUAACUCUCACCGGUCGUGUCGAGUGGUCGUCCCACCGGAGUAUGAGAGUGAUAGGAAUAGAGAGUGCACUUGUGUCUGCGCGUACACU